AUGAAUACCCCUGAAGACAUCGACGCGUUUUUCAACGCCCUUGUUGGUGAGGCUGCUUCUGAUGAGGAGGCAGCAGGGAAGAAGGGCCAGCAGCAGGAGCAGGAGCAGGAGCAGCAGCAGCAGCAGCAAACGGGAAAUGCAACGGUCCUCCCAAUAGCCCAUGCAGCACCUGCUGCAGCAGCAGGGGCAGCACCUGCUGCUGCUGAUCCUGCUGCUGCUGCAGGGGGUGAGACUGUGUCGCCGAAGCUGCCUGCAGCAGCAGACCAAGCAGCUGCAGCUCCAGGAUCUGCAGCAGCAGUAGCAGCACCAGCACCAGCAGCAGCGGCAGCACCAGCAGCAGCACAACUUUCUUCCGUGCCUAGUCCCUCUGCAUCGAAGAGCUUUCAAGCCCCUCUGCUGCAGCAGCAGCCUCCUGCACAGCCGCUCCCCGCUGCAGCGGCCAGCAGCAUCCCUAUAUCGCAGCCGCAGCAGCAGCAACAGCAGCAACAGCAGCAGCUGCCGAUUUGCUGGCAAGGGCGAGAGCCCCCUGAACUGCAGUGCGAGCCUCCAUACGCGUACGUGCCUCCAUUAUAUGCUGGGCCAGCAGCGCAGCAGCAGCAGGGAGCAGCAGCGGCACAGCAGCAGCAGCAGCAGCAGCAGGCAGCAGCAGCGCAGCAGCAAGCGGAGACAGCGAAUUUGUGCGUCUCAGUGGCUGCUGUGGGGCGGCUAAUUGAAAGCAAACUGCGAGAAAAUGAGCACAUGCUCUUUGCUGUCCACGAAAACUUAAAGGUGGGCCGCUCCGGGGAUGCCCUCUGCUACUUUGAACGCCUGCAGCAAAACCUCCUCUUCCUUGCCAUGCUGGCAGAUCAGCACCGGGGAGGUUUAAGUGAAGGAUCUACAGAAGAGCAGCAGCAGGCUUUUGCUGCUAAUCGAGAUUUCUGGAGCCCGGAAGAACUGCAGCGCCUCCACCACGCGCUGCGGACGCCGGGGCAAGGUGAGCAGCAGCAGCAGCAGCAACAGCAGCAGCAGCAGCAGCAGCUGGGAUGCGUGCUUGAGAGCGUCAAGGCCAUGCCGCCGAUGCUUCUGCUGCUGCUGCCCCGGCGUUUUUGCAGCUUUAGAUUGAAAAAGAAUGGCGUAAAGGAGAUGGGCGAUCAGCGACAGAUAGUUUGGCUUCCUGCUGCUGCUGCUGCUGCUGCUGCUGUUGCUGCAGGGUCAGGAGCAGCAAAUGCUGCAGCACGGACGACUCAUUCAACACAGGAUAUUCAGAAGCAAGAGGAUAAGCCGGAGCAACAGCAGCAGCAGCAACAGAUGCAACAGCAGCUGCAGCAACAACCGCAAACGCAACAGCAGCAAACCCAGCAGCAAGUGGCGCAGCAGCAGCAGCAACAGCAGCAAAAACAGCACAUCCAGCAGCAGCAGAUGCAAAUGCCACAGCAACAGCAACAAAUGCAACAGCAGCAACACAUGCAGCAGCAGCAGUUGCAGCAGCAGCAGCAGCAAGUGCCUCAGGUGAUGCACCAGCCAGGGGCACCUUUGCUGCUGCAGCAGCCUUCACUAACAGCGCAGCCUCUACAGCAGCAGCAGCAGGCAGCAGCAGCAGCAGCAGCGGCAGCGGCAGCAGCAGCUCCGGGCGAGUCAAUGCUGCAGAACGCGGGCCUCCCUCGUCAGCCAGCUCUGCCACAACAGCAGCUGUUGCAGCAGCAGCUGCUGCAGCAGCAACUGCUGCAGCAACUCCCAGCGCAGACACCGCAACUGCUGCAGCAAACGCCGACGCAGCACGUGCAGCUGCAAGAGUCGCAUAGUUAUAGUGUUAUUGCUGAGGUGUAUGGUGAGCUCCUUCCGCUGGAGUGGGGCGGCGUAGCAGCAGCAGCAGCAGCUGCUGCUGCUGCUGCAUCAGCAACAGUGUUGAGGUUGUGA